AUGCGUCGAGAAAUGCGGAGACAUCACACAGAACCAGCGCCUAGGGUGGUUGUGAAGCAAUCGCUGUCGCGCAGCGUCUCCGGACCAGUUCCGCUGGUUCCCCCCGACACCGAGGGGGUGAGAGAACUGCUUGCGGCCGAAGGCACAUCUGCGACACUGAUGGAUGUGGCGAAGGGCAUUAUCGCUAGGCUCCUGGAAAACCCAGAGCUGGAAGGCCCACCAAUGGAGCCGCUGUUUCUUUUUGAUUGCGAUGUGAGGUGGAUAUGCCGCUUGUCUGACAUUUGCUAUGCAGAGCUCGCAUGCGCCCACGAGCGAUUGCUGCGUGGACCUUGUGUUUUGGAAGCCAGCGGCCAGGCUUUGAUCUGGCAGAGGCAACUCACGGACAUCCGCUGCACUUUGCUGGGUGGAGGGCGCUUUCCGGCUUCCUUUCAAAUGACGGAAGACAUCUUCCUGGACAUGGAGAAGACCAGUCGUUUCUUGGAAGCUGCCGAGGACAUGUAUUGCAAAGCAGAUGCUGUACUGUAUCACAACAAUGUGCACGCUGCAGACGUCACGCAAUGUGUGCACGCCUUGCUCGUGCAAUUCGGUUUCGCAUCUUACUUCGAUCAGCUCAGCAUUCUGGCACUUCUCCUGGGUGCUGCGGUGCAUGAUAUGGGCCACGAUGGGCGAACGAACUCCUACCAUGUCAACGUUGGGGACGACAUCGCCUUGACUUACAACGACAUCAGUGUCCUGGAGAAUAUGCACAUCUCCAAGACCUUCAAACUCAUGCGCAGUGCCCAGUCCUCAGUCUUGCAGUUUAAGCUUUCAAGCUGCACGGGUGCAGUGAUGGUCGUGGCAUUUUGCGCAUGGUGCAGGACCCGUCUGCGAACAUACUGGCCGCUGAGCUUGGAAGAUGUUGAGUUUGCAGCACGGGGCAAUUUUAAUGCAGAUCUCGCGCGUGCUCAGGUGAGAACGGUUACCGACGUUUACCAGCUGGUAAAGCUUCGGCUAGACAGCUUAGAAGGCCGUGUUAACGACAGCAACGAAACUAGCUCCUGGGAGCUUUGCGUCGUUGUGGUUUGCAUAUUCUCCAGGUGGGUCACAGGAAACCUUGCGUUUUCUCUCGAUGUUUCAAUUGAAAACAUCCGACAGGCUGACUUCAAGAGUUUGGUCGAGAAGCUGGGCAACGACAUGAUCGAGUGGCACGAAGAGAAAGCCAUGUCUGCGCUGCGGGUGAUGGUCCUCCAUGCGAUGGACAUCUCCAACCCUGCGAAGAUUCUGACCCUGUCGGACAAGUGGUCUGAUCUGCUGCGACAAGAGUUCUUUCUGCAAGGAGAUCAGGAAAAGCAGCUUGGCCUGCCUGUUUCUCCACUGUGUGAUCGCGACACCGUGCGGUUUGCAAGCUCACAGGUUGGCUUCUUUAGCAUCAUUGUGCAGCCUACGUUUGCGCUCUUGGCGGAGUUGCAGUACGGAGUCAAGGAUGUUUUGCUGGCACAUCUACGCAAAAACACGGAAGAAUGGGAAGCGCGCAAGAAGGCAGAGUCGCUCGGCAGAUCCGUCUGGGCAGCUCGCGUCUAG